AUGGCCUCUGCUCUAUUGACUGUACUUCUGAGCUCCGAAAUGCUUGAGGACAAGCAUUGUCUAGGUGUGGGGGGAUUUGAUAGAGCUGUUAUUUGGCGUAUUUUGCUCUGUUAUUCUGUCCUAAUUUUGGCUAUUCACGGUGGUCGGCAUAAAAAUGAGCUCGCAAGGCAAAUUUCCAGAAGACCUUUCAUUUCAGAGCGUGGCCACGCCUUAGAAGGUGGGCGAAACCGAAAGCCGGACCGUGGUCCACGUGAACCCGAAGCAUGGGAUCAGAACUCUGGAGGAUAUGAUGGUACAAUGGUUACUACAUUGGUUUUUCAUCACAAAGGUCCUGAGUUUGAUCCUUGGAAUUGUGAUCCAUCAGCCAUCAAGCAAUCUCCAUUUGGUGGAGCGCACAGUGUUUACCGUCUUUCCAUGGAGCCGGUGGUACUCCGACAUCCCCAGUUCAUAGCCAUUCUGAUUGUCUCAAGCAUUUUGUGUCAAACUGCAAUCGGCACUGCAGCCAAGAAUCCAUAUAGAUACCAUACCAACAAGCCUUCACGACCAGGGAAUUGGCUAAACCAUGGAGGAGACAUAUACAACCGCAGAUAUGCCUCUAGUGAAUCCAAAAUCAGCCCUUCAACCGCAUCUAAACUGGGGCUAAAAUGGAAGUUCAACGCAGCGGGAUUUGUAACAGGAACGCCCGCUGUAUAUGAUGGGAUUGUAUAUUUCACAAGCUGGAAUGGAUAUGUGCACGCGGUUAAAGCCUGCGAUGGCUCUCUGGUGUGGAAACAAAAUGUUGAACAACUCACCGGUCUCACUGUCCCGGUCUUGAACUCAACAAUAUCCAGAUCAACUCCGACCAUCAUCACGGAUCAGGAUAUGAUAAUUCUGGGAAUCACGGGGCCGGCUUAUGCCGUUGCCGUUAAGCGGAGCAGUGGCAGCCUAAUAUGGUCAACUCAGCUGGAUGGCCAUCCCUUUGCCAUCAUCACCAUGUCUGGGACCUAUUAUGAUGGAGGUUUCUACGUAGGAGUAUCUUCAGUAGAAGAAACUGCUACGAUUGAGGAAUGCUGCACAUUUCGUGGUAGCCUCAUCAAGUUAGAUGCUCGAAGUGGCAGGAUCUUAUGGAAGACCUUCACCUUGCCAGACAAUCAUGGGAACCGUGGAGAAUAUGCAGGAGCAGCCGUAUGGGGGAGCAGUCCAUCAAUUGACGCUCCAAGAAAUCAUGUAUACAUCGCAACUGGAAAUCUGUACUCAGCUCCUCGACGUAUCAGAAAAUGUCAAGAAAGAUUAAAUAAUCAGACUAAUCCGACCAAUCCUAAUGAGUGCAUUGAGCCUGAUAACCAUUCAAAUUCCAUAAUGGCACUAGACAUGGACACUGGCAAAAUCCAGUGGUACAAGCAGCUUGGAGGUUACGAUGUCUGGUUCGCGGCUUGUUCAAAUUUGUCAACCCCUAAUUGCCCUCCCGGACCAAACCCGGAUGCCGAUUUUGGGGAGGAACCAAUGAUGCUAAGUAUCAAAGUUAAUGGUACCAAACGAGAUAUCGUUGUGGCUGUCCAAAAAAGCGGAUUUGCAUGGGCUCUGGAUCGCGAUAAUGGGAACAUUAUUUGGUUUACCGAAGCGGGUCCUGGUGGUGGUCUCGGGGGAGGUACUUGGGGUGCAGCAACGGAUACAAAGAGGAUCUACACAAACAUUGCCAACAGCAACCAAUUGAACUUCACUCUUCUGCCAUCACAGAAAGUCACGAAUGGUGGAGGCUGGGUGGCGUUGGACCCUCCAACUGGUAAAAUUCUGUGGUCGACCGCUGAUCCAAAGGAUUCUAUGGUUAAUCCUGUGACUAUUGCCAAUGGUGUCCUUUUUGGUGGCUCAACAUAUUCAACAGGACCCGUCUAUGCCAUCGAUGCCAAAAAUGGCAACAUACUUUGGUCAUACGAGACUGGAGCCUCCGUCUAUGGUGGCAUGUCUGUAAGCGAUGGAUGCAUGUAUGUCGGGCAUGGAUACGUAGCUCCACUCUAUACUGCUGGAACCCAUCUCUUCGCUUUCUGUGUACAGAUUUCUUGAGAUUCUUUCCAUACACUUGGCAUUCUUGGCCUUGCAGUUUCCAUGUUUGCCACGGUUGAAGCUAACAUGGUUUAGUUAUGUAUCUUACAUACUUUAACUCUUACAGCUGAUCGUGUCAUGUGAGGAAAGGUGGCUUGUUAUGUGAAGUCAGUAUAAUAAUAAAUCACGAGAAGUUUAUAUCGC